GCGCCUCAGCUCGCCGCGGAGGGACGCGGAGACCGGCGCCGAGCCCUGCGCGCGCGUCUGCAGGGCCGACCUGGACGAGCGCGAGUCGUACUGCGCCAGCGAGUUCGCAGUGAACGGAAUCGUGCACGACGUGGAUGUGCUGGGCGCGGGGAUCCGGCUGGUGACGCUGCUGGUGGACCGCGACGGGCUGUACAAGAUGAGCCGUCUGUACAUCACUCCGGACGGGUUUUUCUUCCGAGUGCACUUAUUAGCGCUGGACUCCUCCAGUUGCCACAAGCCGUGCCCAGAAUUUAAACCUGGCAGCAGGUAUAUUGUGAUGGGCCACAUCUACCAUAAGAGACGGCAGCUCUCUGCAGCUCUGCUCCAGGUCCUGAGAGGGCGCCUCCGUCCAGGGGAUGGACUGCUCAGGAGCAGCAGCAGCUACGUGAAAAGGUUUAACCGAAAAAGGGAAGGGCAAGUUCAAGGUGCGAUUCAUACCCAGUGCACUUGAAACAUACCACCUGGCAUUUCUGGAUCGCAGGAGACUUGGAAUUCAGCAAGGAGACAUGAAAGGUCUAUCUUCAUGUGAUGGAGUCUUCCUUUAGGAGAGGGCCCAUAGGUACUUCAUGAAUGACUUGCAUAGUUCCAACUCUAAUCUUGGAGGUGUCACUUUCUUAUUUACAAAAUGCUUCUUGAUGGUGUGCUGAGCUCAGUGGCAAGGCUAUGCAACUGUAGUGCCAGACAGUGAUUGACACAGCUCAGACAAUGGACCUGUCCAGUCAACAGAUUAUUGCUUCAUGUUGUUUUUAAAUUAUUUUAAUUUAAUACAUUCUGUAGUAGAAAUAGUUCACAAAAAACAUUUUCUUGAAUUUAAGUAUACAAUUUUGAAUAGCUUAUAUCAUGUUAUGAAAGCAAAUUUUGUACUCAAACCAUCACAUUUUAGAUUCUGCACAGAACAGUAAGUGCACCAGUCAAAAGACAUUUACAUAUGAAAUGUCAUCUAGAUCAAACACUAGGGUCAGAGCCCAGGA